UGGGUGGGGCUGAACCACCCAUAAUACUGAACUUUAUCAAAGAUGGAUCCUCUAUUGUGGUUGUCUGCCGCUGCCAUUGUUGCUGCUAUCCUCGUUUCAAUCCCUUUACUGCAAAGACUGUUUCUUGGAAAGAGAGAAGAACCUGUUCAAGAUGGCAGAGAUGAUGGUAGAGUUGAGAAUGAGCCGGUGAUAAUUGGUAGAGGAAGAAGAGCUAGGAGGCAGCAACAGGAAGGAGAAGAGAGAGGAGGAGAAGGAGAGGGAGAGAGAGAGGAAGCUGGAGAAAACGAGGAAGGAGGAGAUUUCGAGUUAGGUAAAAAGAUUGGGACAAAGAAGAGACGAAAGUUGCAAGAAAAGGCAGAAAAGAAAGCACUAAGAGAACAAGAACAGGCUCUAAGGGAGGAUGAGAAGAAGAGAGAAGCUCGUCGAGUGGAGGAAAUGAAGAAAAGGGAAGAGGAGGAGGAGGCCAUGAGACUUAAGAAGGAGAAAGAAGAGAAGGAGAGAAAAGAGUUACAAGAGAAACAGGAAGAGGAGGAGUACAUGAAACUAAAGGCCAGCUUCAUUGUUGAAGAGGAAGGCUUUGUUGAUGAAGGUUUGACAGACACAUCUCUGGCUGAAUUCAUUGACUACAUUAAAACUGCUAAAGUUGUUUACAUGGAAGAAGUUGCGGCUCAGUUUGGUCUAAAGACUCAAGUUGUUAUUGAGCGAAUACAAACCCUUCAGUCAUCAGGUGAACUGACCGGAGUGAUUGAUGACAGGGGAAAGUUUAUUUAUAUAACAAUGGAUGAACUCAAGAGUGUCGCUAAGUUUAUGAAGCAAAGAGGACGAGUAUCUCUCACUGAACUAGCUCAGUCGAGCAAUAAUCUUAUUAAAGUUCAGAGUUAAUCAAUAAUUUUAAUUACAGUA